AUGCCGGCUGUGACCUAUGGCUCACUUCUGACGUACGGGCCAAUAAUGGCCAAGAUGGACCACGUCAAGCCACAGAGUUGCUCCGUGGCAGUGCCGUGCGCCAAGGACGCCUGGAUGCAGGAGUGGGCCUUGAAGUCCUUGAACGUGCAAAGUGACAGCGGAAGUCGCAGUGUGCAAGCGCUGCAGAGUUUGAGCAUUAUUGGUCGAUGCCUUGGCUUGUAG